UUCGAACGCGGCUCAGCCAAUCAGAUUUUAUGACCGGAACUAUCCGUUUUAUAAACAUUGUUUUUAGCAACAACUUCACAAUUCGGAGGGGUCCUCGUGUACACAGUAUGCUGCUGUACUUUUACUUCAAACCAAGAGAUGGCAACAUGUAGCUGCUAAUCAGCCGUACAUUUGUAUAGUAGAAGAACUGCUCAACAAGGAAAAAACAAAUCGCCGUAGCACAGAGGAGCAGACCAGACCAGUGACGUGGCCUGCUGUGGAUCUAUUCAGAGCGGAUUCGAGACUAACAGGAGUAUGUUUUAAAAUGUCAGACAAAGACUGUCCAGCAUCUGACUCAGAAGAAAGCAUGGAAGGAAAGGUUUCGAAAGAGCCAUCAUCACCUUUACAGGAUGUUUCUUCGCCCGACACUCAGACAGACAGCUCUGAUGUAGCUCCUACACGAAAAACUAGACAAAGACCAGAAAACAAACCUUCACCUGAAGUUCAAGAAACUGCACAGACACCCAGCCCUACAGAAAAUACACCAAAUGCUUCCACACCGACUGCUGUAGCUCAAGGUGGCUGGGGGGGCUGGGGAAGCUGGGGCAAGUCUCUUCUUUCCACGGCCACAGCUACUGUUGCCACAGUAGGUCAAGGACUGUCUCAGGUCAUCGAGAAGGCAGAGACAUCACUAGGAAUCCCGAGUCCUAAGGAGCUUUCUGAACAAGUGGAAAAGGAAGAAAAAACAUAUGAUCAGUCUAAUAAUGAAGAAGACAAGACAGAAGGAGAGGGCAACACGUUGGGCAGUGCCAUGGGAAUGCUUUCUUCCAGCAGCAUGGGAAUGUUGUCCUCUCUCUCUAGUGUGGUUCAGAGUACAAGUAAAACAGUUAUAAGUGGUGGUUUGGAUGCUUUGGAGUUUAUUGGUAAGAAAACAAUGGAUGUGAUCGCAGAGGGAGACCCUGGCUUUAAAAAAACCAAAGGACUGAUGAACAGAACAUCAACACUGUCACAGGUUCUCAGGGAAGCGAAGGAACAAGAGCAGCAGACAGCUGAAAAGCAAAGCUCGGAUGGCUCAGAAACUGUUAAAAAAGCCCAUUAUGGAAUGUUGUUCGAUGAGUUCCAGGGCCUCUCACAUUUAGAAGCUCUGGAGAUCCUGUCCAGAGAGAGUGAAGCAAAGGUGAAGUCGGUGCUGACCACACUAUCUGGUGAGAAACUGACUGUGCUAAGAGAUGAGCUGGAGCAGAUUAAAGACUCCUUCUACCUGUCCGAGUUUGACGAUGAUGAGGAGGAUGACCCAAAAGUUGAUGAAGGUGAGAACUUUGUGAAGGAACUGACGGAUGCUCUUGAACAGCUUCACAUCACAACAACAGCAGAGAAACUUGCCAAGGCAAGGAAGAAUGUCUUUGAUCGCAUAACAGACAUCAAACUGCCAACUGAAGCAACGCAGGAAGAAGAGGACAGUGAGCAGGAGGCUACAGUCGCCCAUUGCACGGUUGAUGAUGCUCACGUGGCUGCUAUCACAAGCUUGGCCGAGUUCACAGCCAGAUCCAUCGAGCAGUUCCACAAGAUGGCAGAAAUGCUCCUUCACUCCAGCGAUGGGGAAACCUCUGCCCUGGAACAAGCUAAAGUGCUGGCACAAAUCACCAUCGUUCUCUGCAAGGAAAUAUCACUGCUAUCCAAAAAAUUCACAGCGUGUUUGACAAUGAUCGGGUCGAAAGAAAAAGCAGAGGUCCUGAAUCCAUUAAUCACUGGAGUGUUCCUGGAGGCGUCUAACAGUGCAUCAUAUAUCCAGGAUGCCUUCCAGCUUUUAAUGCCCGUUCUAGAAGUGUCUUACAUUCAAAAGACAGUGGAGGCAGGACACAGAUAAACACAGAAAACUUUACUGUGAAGGGCAGGGAUUUCAAUAACGAUAUAGAACACUACUGCACAUCACAGGAGAAUGGUAAAGUCAUUUCUUUUGAAAGGAAGCAAAAGUUUGUUGAGCAAGUUGUGAAUUGAAGAAUUAAGCCACAUUUUACUGAUAGUGUUAUUCAGGGUUUUAUAUUAAUGAAAACUGUAAACAUACAAUCACUGAGCACUUUAUUAGGUAUAUCUAUCUGGUAUUUUACAUUGUAAGCCAAUCAAAAAAAGGGACCCCUGCACAUCUGCAAAUGUUUAUACAUUUUUACAACUGUUGCAUAUAGAACUAAAUUUACAACAGUGAUUUCUAUAUUGCCCAUCACACUUUAAGCGUAAAGCUAUAAUAGUAUCUUGUGAAAUUAUAAUUUUCAUAAACAUAAUUCUUAUAUUAAUAAUACAAUAGCCUUAACUGUGAACAAUAAAAUGGCAAUUUAUAACCAAAUUUAACAUUAAUUAUCUGUUUUUGCAACUGCAAACAAUGUGUGAAUAAAUUUUGUUCAACAAAGUUAUGGGCAAAGGUACAGUGGUCCUUUUUUAACUCACAAUGUACAUUCAUUAAUGACCUUAUAAGAUACUCCUACCCACAUCUAUAUAUAAACCAUAUAGUUCAUCUAAAUGGUUUACAAUUACUAACUGUAGCCUGUUUGUUCCCCUCUGCUCUAUGUAACCCCCAUAUAACUUUACAUCGUACUGUAAUCAAAAAGCAUCCACUGAUAAAACACAUUGUUCAUGAAAUUAGAAAAUUGUUCUGGACUCUUAACUGUACACACAGGGUGCAUUCCUAAUAAACAGGCCAACGCUGAUCACCUGAUACUCAUACCAUAGCAACACACUCGUCAUUGUUAGUGUCACUGCCUCCUGUGGGGGUCCCUUUUAAUUGAUAAAUGGGGUACAGUGGGGUGACAGUGUACAGAGCACCAGAUUAUCAAUAAAUGUCCAAACCAGAUAGAUGCACAAAUAAAGUGCUUGGUGAGUGUAUAUCUAAUUGUAAACAUACAUUCUGUUUCUUGUAAUUUUGACCACUCAGAAGCUUUAUGCAGGUAAAACCUUGAAGGUUACUUCUUCAUAUUCAUAGAGAAUUGUUGACAUUUUACAAAUGUAAUUGCAUUGGUAAAGCAUAUAUCAGUAUUGUUUUGACUCGGAGAUUAGAGAUGUUUAGGAAUUGUAUAUUUUGCUAAAAUGACUAACAUUUCUCACGUAUUAUUUGCAUAUUAUUGGACACCUAUGUUAGGGUUAUUGUAGUCUCAAAUAUGCUGAAGUUAAUGCCAUUUAAUUACAGGUUAUGCAUAAAGCAAGUCUGAAUAUCUGUAAGGUUUAGAGUUGACAUUACCUUAAUGCAAAAUAUUACUACAUAUACAUUGGCUUAGGUGGUGCAGACUUUCAUCAAAGUUUCAUUUGAAGUUUUUCCAGUUUGGAUUUCUGUCUAUGUUAAUGUGUAAUAAUACAUAAAUGAUGUAAUAAAAUAUAA